GGGCAGCCCAGAUUAGAGAUUUGGAGGAGGCGGGGGCAAACAGGAAGCACGUGUCCGCAUCUUUUUCUUCCUGCCCUUUAUCCCUUUAUCCCUAGGGUUUGAUAGCAGCAGGGAUAGCCCUGGGUCCCGUGUAUGGCCACGGAGUUACAGCAUCCGGACUCGAUGCCCUGUCACAACCGGCAAGUAAACUCUACUUCUAGCCCAAGUCCUGAGCGUGUGCUAGCUGAGGACCCGGUCCUGGAUCAUGCAGAGGAAAAUAACGCUGCUAUGGCUAAGCUGACUCUCCUCCCUGGGCACGCCCAUUCUAGCGUGCUUUCGGAGCGGGACUCUCAGGCCUGCUGCAGCACUAAUCUUCACUCUGAGAACCACAGUGACAGUAGUGACAGUGGCAACUUCGAUGCACCUGCUGGCGACUCCCUGCUAGGGGACUGUGAACUCUCCCGACAGAUUGGGGCUCAGCUUAAGUUGCUGCCUAUGAAUGAUCAGAUCCGGGAGCUGCAGACUAUCAUCCGGGACAAGACAGCCAGUAGAGGGGACUUCAUGUUUUCUGCGGACCGCUUGACUCUGUCCCAGAGUUUCAGAGGAUGGGGCAGGAAACAAGGCUCUUUCGAGAUCAGACUUGUUGUAGAAGAGGGAUUGAAUCAACUGCCAUAUAAAGAAUGUAUGGUGACCACUCCGACAGGGCACAAGUAUGAAGGAGUGAAAUUUGAGAAAGGAAAUUGUGGGGUCAGCAUAAUGAGAAGCGGUGAGGCAAUGGAACAAGGUUUGCGAGAUUGCUGUCGAUCUAUACGGAUUGGGAAGAUCCUGAUUCAGAGUGAUGAGGAGACACAAAGGGCCAAAGUAUAUUAUGCCAAGUUCCCCCCAGACAUUCAUCGCAGAAAAGUCCUUCUGAUGUAUCCAAUUCUCAGUACUGGAAAUACUGUAAUUGAAGCUGUAAAGGUUCUUAUAGAACAUGGAGUUCAACCCAGUGUUAUUAUCCUACUCAGUCUCUUCUCCACCCCCCAUGGUGCCAAAUCAAUCAUUCAAGAAUUUCCAGAGAUCACAAUUUUAACUACUGAAGUUCAUCCUGUUGCACCUACACAUUUUGGACAGAAAUACUUUGGAACAGACUAAGUUAUUAAAUGAAAAUGAAAUACCUUGCAUAAUAUUAUGGUUAAAUAUUAUGGUUAUAAAUGGAGUUCAUAUCUGUUUUUACUAAUUUGUUUGAGAAAUAAUGGAGAAAAUAUGUUAGGGAUGCCUUUUAACAUUGGAAGUAGGUGUAGCAGCAAGAAAUAUUGGAAGUUUAUUUAUUUGAGUUGGUCAUUUCUUCACAUGUGGUACCAAAUUCAACAAUGAGGCACAACCAUAGUGCUUAGAAAAGAUGGAAUUUUAAUUGUAUGCUAAUAGAAGUCACUGAAUCCUCAGUACAUGGAAACUGUAGAACUUUUGACCCCCUCUCUUGGUUUGGAAGUUGCUUGCAGCCGCAAAGAAAACCCAAAUGAGAGUUGGUUCUUUGGCACACUGCAGGUUUCCUUUUUCCUUCCUGUGCUUUAGCUUUAGAGUGUUUUCCUGUAUGUGGGUCUUGUCGCCCUCCAUACUCUAUCUACUAUAUAGAUUCAGGUACCUUUAAGAAGAGAGAAUGAGAGUAUAUCUUGGGAUUUUAUGUUGCCAUGUAUGUCCUCACUUAAUUUGCAGGUCUAGGAUGUCUGCUUAACUCAUCAACUAAGCCGUUGUGUUCCUCACAGCUCAUUUCCCCAAGUGGGGAUUGAGGGAAGGUGCUUGUGAAAAAGAUGCAGGGCCUUUUUAGUAACUGAAUCUGUAACAUGAGUCUACAGAGACUGAACCACGGAUGCCUGAGGCUGACCCAAGAGAGCUCAAUCAGCCCUCUCCAAAGAAAUUGGUGGAGAUUUUUCUAAGGUGUGGAAGAAAGUGGAGACUUUGCAUUUCAUGGCCAAUAAGUAAAUCAACGCGGUUCUUUGGUGGUGGUUGUUGUUUUUAAGCCAGGCUUUCUCUGUGUCCCUCUGGCUGUCCUGGAACUCACUCUGUAGACCAGGCUGACUUUGAAUUCAUAGAGAUCUACCUGCCUCUGCCUCCUGAGUGCCGGGAUUAGGCUUGCAGCACUACACAAUAUGCAAUACGGUUCUUUUUAAUUUAGAUGUUUCUACUAGUUGCCUUUGGUUUGGAACUUAGUUAUUUUGCAUGUUUUAUGACUAUACCUGUAUUAAAGUAGAGAAUACAUAUAUUCUUUUAAAAUAUAUAAGGUUUGUAUGUGCUCAUAUUUAAGCUUCUGAAAGGGAGAGGAAACAAUUUUAGAAUCAGUCUUUGCACUUUUGAAAUGUGCUUAUAAAACCUGGAUUCCGAUUUUACAUUGAUAUUGUGGUGGCUGGAUAGUCACUUGAUCAACUACACUCUCAAGGCCCCACAGACAGCUGUUGUAGGACUCUGUUCAAAAUCUAAGAAAAAGUACAAGGGCAUUUCUUAAAACUGAAGUUGAAAAGAUCGGUGAGGCUCAAGGGACGAAAGCCACCUGGAGUAAAUGGGAUGGAUUUUACCUUAUGGUUCUAGCCUACUAAACAUCACUGUACUUUUACUUUUGUUGUUGUUUCUUUGAGACAGAGUUUCUCUGUGUAGCCCUGGUUGUCCUUGAACAUGCUCUCAGGACCAGGCUAGCCUCCAACUCAGAGAUCCACAGCCUCUGCCUCCCAAGUGCUGUGAUUAAAAGUGUUUGCUACCAUGCCCAGCUACUUCAUUUUUGAAGAUUAUUAUGUAAUAAAAUUAAAAUUCAUCUAAUAGUUCUUCCAUAGCAGAAUGCUGCCUUCAAGUUCUUCCUGAUUUUUUUUUUUGAGAUAGGGUCUUAUUUUGUAUCCCUGGCUGGCCUGGAACACUCAGACAUACAUCCUCCUGCCUCUUGAGUGCUGGGAUUAAAGGUGUGCUGAAAGUUAUAUUUACAUUUGUUAUUAGGUGUCGUAUGAAUGAUGUCAGUGCAAAUUCAGAUAGAUCAGAUCUGUUGACAUCGUUAUUGCACUGAAUCAGUUGGAAAGAUGAUGCUCACUAACCUGGGUGUGGUAGGAGGAUUGCAAUUUUGAGGGUAGCAUAAGUAACUGAGUCAGGUCUUGUCUCAAAAAAAAUUUUUUUUUGUUUUGCCCACUAACCUAAAAAUUGUUGUGACUUGGUGCUUGCUUGGCUGCAGUAUUUCUUUGAAUAUGAGAUAAUUUAAAACAUCACUGUGGGGAUAAAACCAUAUUUUUAAGCAAAUUCUUCUUUUUUAAAUUUGAAUCAUGUAUUCUGUUCCAUAGACUAGCUUUGAAUUUGCUGUGUAGUCAAUUCUGUCUUUGAACUCCCGGUCACUGCCUCCACUGACUUUGGGGAUGAAAGGCUCACAAGCAGCAUGCCCAUUUAAAACAAAUUCUUUUUCUACCAUUAACCAUUUAGAUUCAAAUGUUUGUUGCUUUUUUAGCAAUAAACAUUAUUAAAAGUUAACUACAUUUGAUUCCCACAUGGAAGCUUAGUAUAAACAGUAGGAAUUAUUCAAUAAGGGCAUAUUCUCUACUGAUGUUUGUACCCAACACUCCUGCAGAUAUAACUCUGCUCUCUGAAUUUUGGAAUGUUUUAGCAAACAAAUUCGUACUUGCAGGGCUAAUCACUUGCAGGACUCUAUUUUCUAAAGUCAACAUAAGAUUAACAGACUACUGAAAGUAAGAUUGACUUUAGUGACAUGAACUUCAGAGCAGUAUAAAUUGUGCAGGUUCUUCAUUGAAAAAUAGAAGCUAGAGCAAAAUGAUGUGCAAAUAACACAGAGCUGUGAUUCACAGAGUGUGGUGUACAUCAUAAUUAUUUCCAGGGCUGCAGAUGGCUGAACCUCACCUUUACAGUUUCUGAUUCAAUGUCUUGAUUUCCAACACUGCUGCUUUUUAUAAUACAGGCAUUUAACGAUGUAAAAUUUCCCAUAAGGAUUUAGCUGAUUUUUGAUAUGUUUACAUUUUAAUCCAGGUAAAAAUAUUUUCUUUUUUUAUUUCUUCAAUCCAGGGUUAUUUAGAAGCGUCAACCACAAUUGAAAAUAUUCAUACCAUUUUCAAUAUUUCUCUUUGCUAUUGUUUCCUAAUUUAAUUCUAUGGUGGUCAGAGAAUAUAACUGUUAUGAUUUGAAUUCUUUCAACUUGUGAGAUUUUUAGAGAUAGAAUCUUGUCCACAAACUAUUGUUAUUUGGUAAGUCUAAUUCCUACUAACAUGAUUACUUGGAAUGUAUGCAUAUCCUGUACUGUUUGCUAUGAAUAUCAGGUUAAGUUGACUGAUAAAGCUGUUCAAAUAUUCUACUUCACUGAUUUUUCUUUCCACUUGUUCUAUUGAUUAUUAGGAGAAGGAUGUUGAAAGCUCAGACUAAAAGUGUUGUAUUUAUUUCUUCUUUCAAUUCUAUGAAGGUUUUGCUUUGUGUAUUUUGAAGCACUCUUGUUAGGUGUAUAGACUGUUAGGAUGGCUGUAGUCUCUUGAUGAUAUGACCUUUUACUACCCUGAAAUGUUUCAUUUUGUACCUGUUAAUACUCUUUGUGCUGAAAUUCCAGAUUUCUUUUGACUCAAUUUACUUUUAACAUGUUUAUAUUUAAUGUGGAUUUCUUAUAGGCAGGUUUAGAGCUGUGUCUUGCUUUUUAAAAAUCCAUUUCGACAGUGUCUCCUUUUUGUUGCAGUGUUUAGAUAAUUUCAUGUCCUGUAAUUAUUGACAUGAUUGGUUUUAGAUCUACCAUCCACCUUUUUGAUUAUUAUUUAUGACUCUAUUUUACAUCUUCAUGAUGUUUGUGUCAGUUCUUUCCACUGAGUCCUCCAAGACCUUGGCCCAAACCCUUCCCCUCUCUCUAUUAUGUAGCUCUAGCUGUCCUGAAACUUACAGUAUAGGCUGUCCGUGAACUCCUAGUGCCGGGACUAAAGGCAUGUACCACCAACUUGGUCAGCCUAGUCUCCCUUAAAGGAAGACUGCUGUAUUUUUCUGAGCAUUUACAUUUAAUAUGGAAGUUGUACAGCAGACAAAUUAUAGAAAUAAUAGCAUGAGUAUAUGCAACACUUCGAGGAAUCUAUGCAAAAUAUAGACUUGAAGCAGUUAAUCCAUUUAUAAAGCCAUUAUAUACAUCUCAAUAUUUUUAUAUUAAUGUGAUUAUUUUCCCUUUGCCUACCAUUAUUUGAACGUUAUAAGUUCAUAUGAAACUGUUUAUCAUAUUAAUUUGUUAACUUCAUCUAGCUUCUCAUAUCAGUCAUUUUCCAUUGAUAUCACAUCUUGAAGACACUUAAAUUAAGUUGCUCAAUAUCUAUAAUUGUCAGUGCAUUAUGUGACCUCUUUCAUAUACUUGAAUUUCGCCAGCAUUGCUCACCUCCCACCAUAUCACACAGAUUGAGCAUCUUAUUCUACAAGUCACUUAGAUAGCCAUUAUACUUUCCCCAAAUAAUUGGCUCUCGAACAAGUCCCAGAUAUCAUUAGGGAAAAGUGAUGUCACAGUUGAGCAAGAUUUGUUUAUGUCCGGUUCCAAAUCAAUAUUUUAGUUUAUUUGAGAUGUUGUUAACAAAAUACCAGACUGGGUGGGGUUUUUUUUUUU